AAUGCAGGGUUAUUUAUGGAUAAUUUGGGUCAAAUUGGCAGGAGCCUUAUAGAUAAUUGGGGGAAAACUAGGGUCAAAUUGGCAGGAGCCUUAUGGAUAAUUGGGGGAAAACUAGGCAGCUCAUUAAUACUACCCUACUAGCAGCCCUACUAGCGUGGAAUGUUAAAGCUGAAACUUGAGAAAAAAGUAAAUUCACAAUAAUUUACUAAAAUGUGGAAGUUUUUUUAAAAAAACUGACGGAAAUAACUCUCUUCAUUGGCAUUGCCACAAUCGUGAACGAGGUGAGUUGUAAAAAACGAUAACUCUCUAACAUCUUUAUAUGACACUAUACAAGACUAUACGUCUAUAGUACGACACUAUACCACGCUAUACGACACUACUAGACAACACCAUACGACACUAUACAAUACUAUACCACGCUAUACGGCACUAUAAAACAGUAUACAAGACUAUACGACACUAUAAAAACUAUACGACACUGUACAACACUAUACCACGCUAUACAUUACUAUACAAGACUAUGCAACACUAUACGACACUAUACAACACUACCACACUACACAACAUGGUAAAGUGUCGUAUAGUAUUGUACAGGGUGAGUAAAAAAAACUGAUACCUUCGCGGCUAAUUUGAAUAACAAAGGUGUCAGUUUUUUUUACUCACCCUGACCCAGUAUAGUGUUAAUUGUAUAGUGUUAAUUGUAAGUGUGUAUAGUCUUGCCAUGUCAUGUAUAGUCAUAUAUAGUGUGGUAUAGUGUUGUAUAGUGUGGUAUAGUGUCGUAUAGUCUUGUAUAGUGUCGUAUACUGUUGUAUAGUGUCGUAUAGUCUUGUAUAGUGUCGUAUAUGUUGUAUAGUGUUGUAUAGCUAUGACCCAGUUGACUUUGCAGUACACUAUAGUAUCCAUUACAUGACGUUUACUAUAUUGGUGCGCGAACUUGUUUAAUUAAAUUAAGUGCUUUGAUUCAUUAAAGUGCCUAUGACACGAAUUUUCACCCCGAAUGUUUAUGGUUGCAUUGUAAAGAUCGCUUAAAAUGACUUAAUAAUUUCUUUUAUAAAAUUUUGGUAACUUGCUUCCGUUGCAAGAUAUUCAACUUUGUUUCAUAUGCAAAUAUCACCGGUGUGACAUCACAUCACAUAAUGAGUUUUCAGAAAAGUAUAGUUUUCUUGACGAAUACGUAUCUAAAGAACUUAAAAAUUGCCCUUGUAUAUGUAUUAAUUUCAUAACUGGUAAUUAACCCUCUGUAAUUGUUUGUAAAAAUAUUUUAUCAAGGUAAAAUAUUGCGUUUUCAAAAUGUCAUUAUGCAAUGUGAUGUCACACCGGUGAUAUUUGCAUAUGAAAUAAAGUUGAAUGUCUUGCAAAGGAAGCAAGUUACCAAAAUUCUAUAAAAGAAUUUAUUAAGUCAUUUUAAGUGAUCUUUACAAUGCAAUCAUAAACAUUUGGGGUGAAAUUUCGUGUCAUAGGCACUUUAAUUUACCACUUUAAAACCUCUCGCCCGCAAUUUGGACAGUAAUUGUAACCUUUUUCAAGAGCAUUUCCACAACAAUGACAAAAUGUAGUCGCGACCAUGAACUUUCGCCAUUCAUAUUUAAUAUUGAAAGCAUGCUCGACCAAGACAUAGGAGACCAAGACGAUCAGUUGACAGAUACUCUCUAAAAUCGGGAUUUAGGCCUUCCAUUUCCGGUAGUCGGGUUGUUAAAAAAUAUUUGUGUUCGCUUAAUUAAUAAACGUGUUCGCUUAAUAAAUGUGUUCGCUUAAAUAAACGUGUUCGCUUAAUAAACGUGUUCGCUUAAUAAGUAUGUUCGCUGAAUAAACGUGUUCGCUUAAUAGACGUUCGCUUAAUAAAUGUGUUCGUUUAAUAAAUAUGUUCGCUUAAUAAACGUGUUCGCUUAAUAACUGUGUUCGCUUAAUAAAUGUGUUCGCUUAAUAAACGUGUUCGCUUAAUUGUUUGCUUAAUAAAUGUGUUCUAUCUAUAUUUUUGUGUUUCAUCUAAAUAUUUGUGUUGCCCUUGUCGGCCACCGUAGCGUUGCGUGCGGCGAAGUCAGUGAAACGUGAUACGGUUCAAUUUGUUUUUGGAACAAGAUCCAACUUUUCCCCCCAAUUUUUAAUUCUCAAAUUGUUUAUUAGAUGUUUACUGGUUGGGGUUAGAGGAGGGCAUUGGGUUGGGAUCAGUUUAUCUUAUAAAUGGAAGCAAAUUGGCGUAUUUUUUAGAAGACUCGUCUAUGUCUACGAACUUUUUAGCACCUGAAACUAGCCAUACUAGAAAAUACAUGCAUGCAGAAACCCUCGCCUUGCUGACAAAACCGUUGUAUUUUCCGAACAUGAAGUAUCUAAAGUAGUUGUCAUGGUAACACAAUAAUUUUUUAAGAAUAUUCUUACAAAUGAAAAUCGCCUAAAAAUAUCACUUUUAAUUACAAAAUUAUCAAUUUCCCAACAUAUAUAUGUUAGGUAUGUAAUUAUACGUAAUACAAGCUUCAAUUUAAGGUAAAAUUCAACCACAAACAAUUCACAAAACGUUUUAAAGUGUUCUUUAUAAAACUAAACUGCCUUUUAAUAACUAUUAAAUGGCUUUAUCGAUAAACUUUGAGUUUGCAAUAAAAUGAUUUCAAAUUCUCGCUUGCAAAUAACUUUGCUUUAUUUCUUAUUUAAAAAAUUCAAUAUAAUAAAAGAGGGAAUCAAUAUUAAAGAUACACUGAAAUUAUAUGCUGUCUUGUUUAGUUGUUCAUAUACGCAAAGGCCGUCGGGUUUUAAAGCCAUUAUAAAAUCAAUAUUUAAAACAAACUUACCUUCGUUAACGUCGGCUCCCUUCUUUUAGCUGAUUCUUUCGCCCUUUCUUUCUUGAAAUUUACAAAAUCUUGCAGAAAUACGAGCAAAAAUGAAGAAUAUUUGCAAGAAAUUUAUCAAUCAUCAAUCAUCAAAUCAAGAAAUGUAAUGUUUGCUAUUUCGCUGUCGUCAUGCAGUCGUUAUAAUGCAAACUUUAAAUUGGACCAAUCAGUGUCCGUUUUUCAUGACAGUCCGCCAUAUUUUUGAGAUCAGUGAGGAUGACCACCCAUCGUUGGUGACCGACGCCCGCGCUCAUUGAUGAACUUUAGACUUCGCUAAUGCCGGGGGGAAUUAGUACCCUCGCACGGCGCUUCGCGCCGCCGGCUCGGGGAUAAUGGCAUAUCAAGGACUAUAUAAUUUCUAUCUAUUCAGUUGGCCCAUCAUUAUUUACGGUUGAUAGUGGAUGAUCAUAGUUACAGUGGGCCUGGCUUGUCAGGUUGAGUUGCCCGUAGCCGGAGGGUACGCCUGAGCCGGCGUCUUGGCAUAUUAUGGUUGAUAAUUGCUGAUCAUGAUUGUAUUUAUUGGUUGUAUUUAUAUGGUCCAGACCUACUGUAUCCAUAUCUAUUUCUCUACUACACAUUACCCCCUACCACGAAAGUUGCCAUUUUCAGGCCAGUGUGAACGCUUGAGCAGGCGUCUUGUUUAUCACUAUUUCUAUACUUGGUUAUCACUAUUACACUAACACAAAAGAUCGUCCAUGUAUAAGCCCCCCCCCCCGUAAGCCCCAAAAUCGCUUACGAAAGAAUAUAAGGCCAGGGACCGAUUGUAUAAAACUCUUAAUCACUUUUUUCACCCCAGGGAUCUAACUUGGGUCCUCUGCUAUUCCUUCUUUAUAUUAACGACUUGCCAAAUUGUUUAAAAUAUACUAAAGCAAAUAUGUUUGCCGACGACACAAAUCUAACCACUGCAAGCUUAAAUAAAGAAGAACUACAACGCCAACGGCGAUUAAAUUUCGACCUAGAGCUUAUGCACAACUGGUUGUUGGCCAAUAAAUUGACAUUAAAUAAAGAUAAAACAGAAUAUAUGCUAAUUGGUUUACACCAGAGAUUAUCGACUGUUGAAACUGACCCGAUCUUAGAAUUUGGGGAUACAAAAAUUAAGAGGGUUAAUCACGCAAAAUCAUUGGGCAUAAUUAUUGAUGAGCAACUACUUUGGAAUAAUCAAAUUGAAGCUAUUUCAGGCAAAGUAUCAAAAGGUAUAGGUAUGCUACGACGAAUAAAGAACUGUGUCCCCAAAACAACUUUGAUUAAGGUGUACAAUGCAUUAGUAUUACCAUAUUUUGACUAUUGCAGCCUUGUAUGGAGCAACUGUAGUGAUCAGGGGCCGGUUGUACGAAAGGUGGAUAAAUCGCUAUCCGGUGGAUAAGUCCCUAUCCAGCGGAUAAAUUUUAUCCGGAGUGAAAAUCGCGUUGUACGAAGCAUGGAUAGCGCUAUCCAACGGAUAAAAUGCACUAUCCGUUCGAUAAAUUUAUCCGAGGUCCGGAGGUAGUUUAAAUCCACUAUCCGGCGGAUAAACUCGAAGUUUGAAGACAAAACAAUGUGUAUUUCAUUUAAAAAGGAUUGCUAUUGUGAUAGAAAUGGACAAAUACCGUUUAGAAGUCCCUUUUUUGACACUAAAUAAACAUGGAAACUUACUUAUGACUUCUCUUGCUCUUGACGUACCGAGCUCACUUUGAGUCAACACCGCGGAAAAACGUCUGCGCAUGCACCAAAUUAUGAAAAUAUGGCGGGGAAUUUGAAUAUCAAUUUCUAAAACAAAAAAAUGCUUAUUAAUUGGUCAAAAAUUAGUAAAACAAACGAGAAAAUAAAGCAAAUGGGUAGACUAGACAUUAAUUGAAAGCGCCCUGGCGUUUAAAGUAUGGAAUGAAAUAGAAUUCAUGUAAAAAAUUGUUGAUUUUAACGGACACGACUUCGAAAAUUUUUGCAAAAUUAUUCAAAACAAAAAUUCAAACUCAAAAGUUAAGAAAACUCUUAAGAAGUUAAGCUUCUUAACCCACUCAAAUUGUAGAAUAAAUCCUAAAGUUUAAUUAUUGUGAACACGCAAAUUUUUUUAUAUUUGGCGACACAGUUUUUUUUAAAGAAAUGUAUCUCAAACGAAAAUUCGGAAAUUCUCAUUGCUUAUGUAUCGAUCAAUUCGAAACUUCACCAUCCCCCCCCCGGGCAUACCCCGGGAAUUUGACUUCAAGUCUUCUCCAGGGAGUAGGGAAUUUGACGUUCUAAGUCUUCCAUGUGGUGGGGCAUUUGAUAACGGGGUGGGGAAUUUGAACCGGAAGUCUUAAAAUGUUGCCCGUUUUCGCGUGCUUCCUGCAUGCACAGAAAAUACUUCGUAAUGGCGGCAAAUACAGUUUUCUCAGAUUUCGAGGGAAACGGCCUCAAUUUUGUGAAAAAACUGGCUCAAAGAAACGGGCAUGGAAAAUCUAUGUGUUUUAUUUGAAGGUAUGUACUACAUAACGUGUAAAACUGUUAAAUUUCCACAAGGUAUCCAAACUGUUUACGCGAAUUUCGCUAUCUUGUCGAAAACAUUUCCGUAUAUUUUGUACUUUUUGUAUUUACUGUUUCAUAAUUUUCAUAUGAAGGUGGGGCAUUUGAAUGCUUAAUUUCUUGUUACAGUGGGGCAUUUGAAGACAUUUUUUGCACAGAGGGUGGAGAAUUUGAUCAGUCAAAUUUCAAAAAGUUCAAAUUCCCGGGGUCGGCCCGGGGGGGGGGGAUGGCGAAGUUUCGAAUUGAUCGAUACAUUAGUUGAUAAACAAAAUGUUUCAGACGAUAAAUUUGUCAACAAUCACCUUUAGUUCAUGUUCUUGUACAAUACAAUUUCUUGAACCUUCUGGCUGUAUUUAUUUCUAGUUUUUAGAAUGACAUGUUUAUUUUUGCGCUUGAAAUCUGGCUGUAAAGACGCACAAUGAAGUCACUCCUUUUUACCGCCAUUUUGAGCCUUCGGAAACGUUCGGAACAGCUUCUCAUCAAGUUCGCAAUAUUGCGAACUAUACUAUUACAGGUCAGCAUGCGCAGACGUUUUUCCGCGGUGUUCUUUGAGUCACUUGCCCAUUAAAUAAUGCCAUGACUUUGCCAUAUUUUAUGCAGACCUGUGUCAGUGCUUAGACGUUACAUUUUCUGGCUUUUUUCCUUCUUUUUUCCUGUUAUAUAGCUCGAAAACAGGCAAUAAAACUUUCAUUAAAUGAGUUCCCUUCAACGCCAAACAAAUAUAGCUGCAUAUAAAUAGACAACAAGGCACCGAAAGUCGAAAAAAUUUGUUCGCUGGCCUUGAUCAGCCAAUCAAAUCUUGCGAGAAAAUGUUCUUAAAAUUGUUUUGAAUGACGUGAAAGGUCAAAGAACGAAUAUUCGGACAGUAUAUAAAAUAAAACUGAAUCAACGUACUGAAACAAGAAAACAAAACUCGCAGUCUUUGCUAUUGCCUUCGCAUAUAAAAGAAGCCAAAAAUAUUUUAAAGAAAUAUCGUUAAGUAGAUAGCAAACUCUUCACUGUGGGAAAACGAAGUAUUGCAACGAUUGGACGAGAAAAACUCCAAAAUAUAAACAUGAACAAAAACCUUUAUUGCAAGUUGAUAGUUCAAAGGUUAGUGGAAUUCACAAGUUAUACGAAGAUACUACAACAAAAGUUUACAAAUACCUAGCAACAGCUGGCGUAGAGAUAAGAAAUUUCAGGAAAAUCCGGUUUUCUCCGGUUAAAAUUAAGGUUAUCCGACGGAUAGCUAUCCACCCUGCUAUCCGUGCUUCGUACAACGCAUUUUUAUUCGGCAGAUAGCUAUCCAUUGGAUAGAAGAUUUAUCCAUUGGAUAGGACUUAUCCAAUGGAUAACUUAUCCACCUUUCGUACAACCAGCCCCUGAUCAGUAAGUUGCAGAAAAUGCAAAACAGGGCAGCAAGGGUCAUAACUGGCAGAUCAUACGAGACACCUUCAAAUGAAGUUUUGAGGGAACUGGAUUGGAAACCCUUAAUUGAUCAUUGGGAAAAAAUAGUUUAGUAUUCAUGUACAAAGCGAAGAGAAAUGAAUUACCAGAGAAUUUGAUGAACCUGUUUGAAAUUAAAAAUAACAAUUAUAAUUUACGUAGCAACGGAAAUGAGUUUACUCUACAAAAGCCUAAAACAAAUUUUAUGAAAAAAAGCAUUAGCUAUAAUGGUGCUAAAACAUGGAAUAAUUUACCGAGAUGUGUAAAAACAAGUGAUGCCACAAUUAGGCAAUUUAAGGCUGCGCUUGAUCGUAUUAAACAUUAAAUGUAAAUGUAACUAAGUCCAGUCAGUUUUGCAUGGUUUUAUAUCUUUUAUAACUAGUAAUAGGUGUUUAGUUAACGUGUGAUAUCUUUAUAACUUUAACAUUAUGUAAUUAUUAUGUAUUGCUUCCAUUUGUUAAUAUAGAUUAGUAUAGUGUGAACGGCUCCUUGGAAAUCAAUAACCUAGGUGUGUUGAAGGAUAACCGUUGUAAAAUAAGAUUUUUAAUAAUAAUAAUAAUAAUUUUGUAGUUAAAUAGUAAUUAACUCUCAAAUACGCGCUUCUUAUUGGAUGACGUUUCCACUAACUAUAUUUAACUUUAAUCACUUUUUUUAUACAACCGACCCCAGGGCUUAUAGUCGGAGGUUUACGGUACUUAUAUUAAUUAAUACACUGAAAAGCCCCAAUGGGGAGUGAGCUGAAUAAUAAUGUAAUGUAAUCCCCAACCUCGUUCCCAGGCUCUUUGAUAAUUUGAGAAUUUGGUCCAAUGUUUUGUUUCAGAUAUAUCUUAAAACAUUUUCAGGCUUUUCAACGAAUUCGUCAAUUUCAACAUUUUCCCACACGACUUGUAUUUGAAGAAUUUUGUCAAUUUCUCUUAGACUUAGUUUAUGAGAUACUAACGGGGUAUCUUAAUUUUUGUUGACUUAUAGAAAUCAUUAAAAGAAUAUGGCAAGAUGUCUGUUAUGGUCAGCAGUUCAGAACAGUGCCAGUUUUUACGGUUAUUACUGAAAUUAAUGAAUGCAAAGAAAGCUAUAGAAAUUGGUUUGUAUACUUUACAUACACUUUUAUAGUACAAAAUGAAAUGCUUUUGGGUGUGUGAGUGAGUUCGUCUGUAUAUCUUAUAGUUAAUCAGCGACGUGCAAUGAUGAUGUGCUUUAUUACCCUUACAAAUUGCAAGCGAAUUUAGAGUAAAAAAUUGUGUGAUAAAUGUUACUUCAAGUAUUUUUAGUCCGAUCUUUAAAAAAAAUACGUGCAUACAAUUAUAGCUUACAGUAUGGAUACAACAGUGAGCUCCAUAUAUAUCCUGGAGCGAGAACUUCAGACAUUUGGCCUAUGAGAAAAGUGAAGCCAAGAUGGCGAAAAUGACGUCCAAUUAGCCUUUUCCCAAAACAGAUCACAGUGCAUUCUGGAUCGUUUGGAGGGACAAAAUAUAUGGUCACAGGCCUCAAAUAUGUGAAAGAGUAGAAGUAAUGAAGUAUUUACUAUCAAAAUCAACUUUUCAGACUACUAAAAAUGAAAUAUCUCGUGGGAUUUGCGCGACUAGACCCAGGACUUUGGGAAAUGGCUAAUAGCUAUGAAGGUCGUAAAUAGUUUUAAUUCUAUUUUUCCCGCUAAAUUCCAUUUUUUUCUAAACGACCAUACCGUUAACCAAAUUAUCAAUUGGUAAAACCGUAAUGUUAUCCAUGUCAAUCUACGAAAUUUCAGCACACUCCUUGCGAAGAUGGCGAAAAUUGAAGGAGCUAUUGAACGUCAGUUGCAGUGCCUUUCUAUUGUUUUUGUCUGCGCGGUCAACAUGAGGCUGGCUUCACUUUUUAGAUUCGAGUUCUCGCUCCAGAUAUAUAUGGAGCUCACUGGGAUACAACGAGUUUGUAUGUUUAUUUACUUUGAAACAAAAUAUACGAAACGAUAAAUGAUAAUGGUGUUAUUCUGUAGCCCAAAUGCUUGAUCCUACAGGUUUACCAAGUGCUUGAAUCUACUGGUUUACACUGCAUGUCGAAGUAUCUGUGAUCACAGUAGGAAUUUUGCAAGAGAUGUUAGAAGGAUCAGACACACUGUUUACCUUUAACCAAUUUUUAGCUUGCCCCUUGUGUGGAUUAAUUAAGAUUAACAUUUCUAUAGCGAAAAUAUGCAUCUGGAUGUUAUCAAAUGCGCUUUACAUCAAGCAUUAUACAGUAGGUUUACCUGAUUACAUACGUACUUAGCCUUGACUAUUUUUAUCUUUACAACAAUUUUGAUAUUACUUUCUUAACUGUGUUUUUCCUAACCCCACUUGUCAACCUUCCCUGGGGGGUAUCAUCUUGUUGGAACAGUUGUCCAAGAUAUUUUUGGUGACACCACUGAAUAAUGAAACCGUCGAGUACUGCACAGGAUCCAGUAGCUUUGUCAUGCUAAUAAUAAUGUAAGUUACCAUAAUUGGGCAAUCUUGAAAUUGGGCAAUUUUGAUCUAGACAAAACUUUCAUCACAGCUUGAAAGAGCAUCACAAAAUUAGUAAUAUUCCAAAGUUUCGUUGCAAAAUGUUGUAAAAUGCGGAUAAUAUAGCCUUGCGAAGUUUGCCGUUUUUCAGUCAUUUUGUAUUACGCACCGGAAAUUGACAGCCCAAUCGGGUGUUGGGGCAUCAAUUUCCCGUUUGUAAUACAAAAUGACUGAAAAUUGCAAAUUUCGCAAGCCUAUAUUAUCCGCAUUUUACAACAUUUCGCAACGAAACUUUGGAAUAUUACUAAUUUUGUGAUGCUCUUUCAAGCUGUGAUGAAAGUUUUGUCUAGAUCAAAAUUUAGUCUAUAAUGCAAAUGGUCCAUUGUACUGCAGUACAAUUAAUGAUUUCUCCAAAACAAACAAAAUGGCGGAAAGAUAUUUAAACGCAAAUAAAAUUGUUCUAGAGGAAUUUAAAGCAAAAGAGCUAAAUAAAAAUACGAACAAAAGCACCAAAUGUUGGUUGAAAGUCUUGCAGGACUAGGCUUUGGCGAGAGAAUAUGAUUGUUGACAUUGAGAUUUAUCCAAUUUUGUCAUGCUAAUAAUAAACAAGUAAUCGUGGCGGCUCGCCCAAUUUUGGCAAAAUGUCCAAGCAUCACUCGUACUAUUAAUCCCUAAUUGUACUCGACAUCGCAUGGUUGCCUAUGUUACGUUAUGUUACGUAUUCAGUUUCAACACUCUCCUGUCCACCAGUAAGAUAUUCUGGUAUUAGACAGAGUAAAAUAAAAAAAUAACUAAGGCUCACCCAACUUAUUAAAUAGUUGGAAACACUCUGUGUUUCAGUUUAACGUAUCUUCAGUGUUAUUUUGCCUACGCCUAGAACCUGUAAUUAACAAUCACUCAAAAGUCACAGUUUGUUAGGCGAUAUUUAGAAAUAAGUGUUUGGAUGUUAAGGGCUAAAUCUCCAGAAAUUGAAAUUUAGUAAAAAAUCAAGGCAUUUCUGACGAAACUAUGACGUAGUAAUUUUGUGGCGAAUGACGAAAAUUGGAGAAAACCUGACGUUUCCCAAUAACUAAAAAAGAAAAAAAACCUGCCGCUAGGUUAGAAAAAGGGCGCACUCCGGAACAAUGCAGCCAAACGACUUGACAAGGGAACAGUUUGAUGAUCAAAAAAGGAAAAAUAAUCACAAACUGAUUAAUAAUUAAUCAGUAAAUUAGUCAAUCAUAUUGCUUUAUUUUGCUCACAUGAUAAUACUGGAUAACGGGUGAAGUAUGUUGAUCCUUGGACUGGAUCAAAUUAAUUCACCUCACUUUAGCUAGUAAUUUAUUCGUAGAAGAUGUCAUUUCAUAUUCUCCUGUUCGGACUGGACUACAUUUCAAGUCCUGGCAUUGCAAUCUAGUCCAGUCCUGACAGUCGGAUUUGAAAUAUUACGUCAAGGACAUUACGUCAAUGACAUACAGAAAUCCUCCUGCAGUACCUGAUAACCAUACGUCGUUUUAGGUGUGUUUACAGGUUAUAAUCUACUCAAUGUUGCUUUGACACUUCCCAAAGAUGGUAAAGUGAUUGGAUGUGAUAUUUCUUCAGAGUACUUUGAUGUUGGAAGACCAUUAAUAGAGGAGGUGUGACAAUUAAUGAUUGUGUAGGAUACUCGACAAUAAGCUUUGUGCCUUUUUUCUAAUAUAUAGUAUUGUAAGUUACAUAGUAAUUAGUGUCAAAAUUCAAUUUUUCUGCUUGCCGAUUGGUCAAAACCGUAUCACGUGCUUGUCCACAAAACGUUAUGUUCACUGCAUGCUUUGGCGAGGCGGCAACCGGUCCACAAUGAAACAAUUAUUGACCGGUCAACAAUAGAAUGGGUGCAGUGCGCAUGUGCGUCAACCGUGAUUUCCAAAGUUCAUUUUAUUAAACUUUUUUAUUAAACUUUUAUGGCGUUCCAUUUAUCUAGUUUUGGUUCACUCCAAUAACCGCUGAAUUGUUCAUACUUUCACACCUAUAUACUAUAUAACAAAACACUUAUUUACUGAGACCUCGGGAAAGCAGUGUGUUUUGUGGCCCUUCGGGUCCACAAAACACAUAGCCUGCGUAGCAGGCGUUUAGUACGGGCAGGAAAAGAGGAAACGCCUGCCCAAAUGGCUAUGACAAAUUUGUUUUCGCCCAUUAAGGAUGAUUGACGUUUUGUAAUUAGGACUUUCACCCAUUAUCCAAUCAUAGUCGAGAUUUAUAUUUAGCAUCAUGCAUGCUUUUUACUCGGCAACUAGGGAGAUUUGCAGAGAUUUUAUGUACUUUUUAAAACACGAGCAGCAGUGUUUUGUCAGAUAUAAAGAUGGUCUGAUAAAACACGCACUGCGAAUGUUUUAAAUUUCUUGAAAAACAAUCGAUCUAGUAUAAGUUCAUUGGCGAAAUAGCUUUCAAAAAAUUCGUUGUGUAUGUAGAGAAAAUCAAAUAUGUAAAUCAAGGGAAAUCUCAAUCACAUAUAAAGAUACACGUUUAUGAUUUUUCUUUGUGUUUUUUCCUCAUGAAUUAUUAAUUAGUUUUUGAAGCUAUUUUAUUAGACAACAGUCACAACACAGAGCUUUUAUCUUUUAAAAGGCUCCUGAAUUACCACGGUUGUUUAACGUAUUCUGCCGUAUAGCAAAUUAACUGCAAAUAACAGUUGAGCAUGUUUUGAAAUUUUAUUCUUAAAAUCAUCACCCAACCUCAUAGCUGCAAUGCCAAGUGAUAUAGCCUCAACUAUCUGGUCUUGAAUUAUACUUUAAAGUGAACAAAUAACAAGAAAACUAUAAGGAAUAUUCCAUUGCCGAUUUUCCGUAUUCCGUAGGAAGAAUCGCGAUAACCGGCGUCUUCACCACGUAGCAAAUUAAUAAUAGACUUUCUUCAUUCUGGUUUCAACUGAAUUUCGAAGCCUAAAUACUUGAAAUAUAAGAGUUAUAUAUAUAUAUAUAUAUAUAUAUAUAUAUAUAUAUAUAUAUAUAUAUAUAUAUAUAUAUAUAUAUAUAUAUAUAUAUAUAUAUAUAUAUAUAUAUAUAUAUAUAUAUAUAUAUAUAUAUAUAUAUAUAUAUAUAUUAUAUUAAUUUUAUAGUAUGCGAACCCCCAGGGAAAAUUUGAUUUCAUUACGAGUGCAUGCUGUUUAUCUUCACAUCCUUAUCGUGAGCAAUGUUUUCUGGUAGGAUGAGAUCACAACGGAUGGAAAGUAUUGAACUGAGCGUUUCUAUUUUCGAAACUGUAUUACAUAUAGUGUAUUUAUAAUAAUAUUCCUUAUGAAAUAUCUGCAAUUGAAAAAUGCCAUUGAUUAAUUGAAGGCAACUGUAAUUAUGAUAAUCAGAAAAUAGGACAAUACCAAUACCUAUUGACUGCAGUAGUGAUAAUUGUGCAGUUUUUUAGCAUCUCCAAGAACAAGGCGUAAGACUUGUGCAAAAGAAACCAAUUUAAAAAAAAAUGGAGCGGUCUUUAAACUAGGCAGCCCAUACUACCGGACCUCCAACCAUGGAAAAGACAAGAAAAGUCAAGACUGUUUUCUACUUUUCUCGAGGACAAUGUAAUAGAGCAUGAAGUGAUACUGUAUCAAAACUCAAAUUAGAGUUGGGCAAAUUAGAAACGCAAGUUAGGAAAAAAUGUACUGCAUAUUUAAUUUUUCAAUUAGCGAUCGUUUCAGCCAGUCGACAAAACCCUGAUUGUUCAGUUGCAUCUUUUUUUUGGCAACGCGUACCAACCAUGAAAAUUCAUUAUAUUUUACAAGCAAUUAAACUGUUUUUUAUACGACCUUUAAUUAUAAGUACUUCUCCUAUUACGAAAGGGCACUUUUUCCAAUCUUUAGAAUUGGGAAAUGGCACAUUGAAGAAAACUGGAGGGAUGUGCCCACUAUGUCCCCGCGGUCUCUACGCCACUACCUGAAAAAAUAUAUCGUGAAGAACAACUACUGUAUAUAAGACUACUAAGAGACAUGAAACAUAAAACAAUAUAAAAUUCUGUUUUUAGGCUGGAGUCAUGGACAAAAUCGAUUUACGAAUUCAACCAGCUGUGCAAACAUUAGGUUUGAUAAUUUUUUGUCAUUCUAAAAGUAUGCGCAGGGAUUUAAGCUGUUUAAACUGACAGUAUAAUUAAGACUACACUCGCCGAAGUCCAGCCUAAACCGAAGCGAAAUUGUUUGAAAACGUCACUUUUGCUUGAGCACGCUUUCUGAACAGAUCGAGAUGAAAACGGAACGCUUGGGCCGGCUUAGUGUGAACGUAGUCUAGCUGAGAGGAUUUCUUCAAUUUCAUCAAUCGAUUUAAAGUCUGGGAGCGUCGCUUUCAUGAAUUAUGAAGUAAUUAUCGAGUGUAUUUGAUACCUGAAAUAUUGAUGUACUGAAUGAAAGGAAAUGGUUUGUGUAAAAUUUAAAGUUUGCAUCACUUGCAAUGACAUAUUUAAUUUAUAUUGUAUUUGGUUAAUAACUCGUCAUAUUUUUGUUUUAACUCUGCAUGUUCACCAAAUCAUAGUUUAACUGAAGCUUAUUCAUUUUCCUAUAUUUUCAUCCGUUGUUUCACAAGGGUACUUGGACCACUGCUUAUCUUAGCGUACUACUGCGUAUAAAAUUCGAAAAACUCAGCGAUCCAGAUAUCGCAUUUCCAGAGACGUUGCACGAGAAAAACCCCACCAGGUCAACUUCCAAGAAAGUGCAGAGUAGGAUAAAUACAAAAGCCACAGACAAACGCGGUAAGAUUCGUUGACAAAUGAAGAAAUUGUUUGAGACUGAAAUAGUCACUCAUUGAAUGGCCACCAUCUUGAAAACUGAUCUGUAUGGUGAACUGGAACGACUGGAAACUGAGCCUGCGAUGCUCUAACGCAAACUCGAUUUCUAGUCGACGAAAACACCCCCAGAUAAUUAGGGAUUUAAGACACUUUAGCCAUGUUUCUUUUGAGCUUGACUGCCGAGGAAAUUGGUGGAAUGACAUUCUGGAUUUUUCAUGCUGUUGCUUUUACAAAGCGGUACACAACAUGUUGUUCGUUCUUUCUUUUUUAACACAGUUUCAUUUGUAGUCUAUCUUUUCUUGCGAAAAACAAACACCAAAGGCAAAACACGAAGGAAAAGCAGUCAAAGUCAACAAAUUGCGAGGAGCGACAGCGAGCGUCCAGUAAUAUACGAACAAAUAUUUCUCCUUGUAAAUUCUUCAACAACAGCCAAUAGUACUUAAAAGUACUUUUUAAUAGUUGAAAUCUUUGAAAAUGAAAAAGCCGAUACUUUGAACGGAUAGUUUUCGCGCCAAACGUCCUCAAUGUUUUGGUUUGUAAAUGAAACACUUGUCUUGAUCAAACAUGUGUUGUUUUUGUAACCUGACUUGUUGUGAAAAUAUUUUUGCCUCCACUCUCUGGAACUAUUAACUGCGACUCAAUCGCAGAACUGCAUGUUGAUGUGAUGAACAAGUGUGUCUUACUUAUUUUACACAAAUUUUAGCGAUGUACUCACUGACCUUUAAAACGUGUGAAAAGUCAAAAUUUGUGUUGGUUCAUGUCCGAUCGAACCAUCAUGUUUGCGUUCGGCCGGUCCGAUCGUCAUGUUAUAUAUCUCAAAACCAAUGAAUCUAGACAUCCCAUGUUAGACUACAGACAAAAACAAACCUCACAGAAUCUCUAAAAGCUUUUAUUGAAAACUAAACGAAAAUAUUGCUCGUGUAAAUUUCACUUAUUGACCACGCACGCAUAUGCAAAGGAAACAGCCGCCAUCAUGCAAAAUUCUGUUGUGGUAGCUAAACUACCAUGACGCUUUGCGUUAUUGCAAGUUACGAAUUGGUACAAUAAUUUCAUUUUUGGUGGCAUUAGCGGCAAUUGCCGUUUGCAGCCGAAAAUUGCAAGGUCUGGAUAGAAGACUUCACUUACCAUGGGACACGUUUAUCAAUUUACAUAUGCAUCUUUUUCAGACUGCACUACCAUGCCAUUUCUCAAAUUAAGUGCACGAUGUUUACCUGCCUUUUUACGAAUAUAAAAGUCUUAUUUUUUGCAGAUGAACUAUUAGCAGCAGGCGAAGGUGGUACAUUUGAUUUUAUUUAUAUUGAUGCGGAUAAAGAGAAUUAUGAUACUUACUAUGAGAAAGGAUUGCAGUUGCUCAGACCAGGAGGCGUUAUUGCAAUUGAUAAUGUAAGUAAACUAUCUCGGAUUAACAAAGACUGCAUGUUGCCAGAGGCGUAGCCACGGGGCAAGGGGGGGGGGUUCCAAUUUUGUAACUCUUUCAAAACUGAAAAGAAACUGGGGGGAACGUAUAACCUUAAUUGUUUUCAUUUAUGAGAAAAUAUACUAAAUCUGCGGCUUUCAGAUUAACAUAAGAUGUGUAUAAAAUGCAUGAAAUGAUUCUGUGGCGGCACAGUUGUAAUGUCGUCACCAUGUUCCUACUGAAAAUAUUCAAAAUGGCGGACGUUCAGGGGUUAAAUGCUUCUCAUAAACGCACUGGCUAGGAACACCGAUAGUUUAUUUUGAUGAUGAAUCAUGGCGUGGAAGCGGUUUUUUGGCUCGUAGACAAAUUUUUUGUUCUCACCACGUUAGGGCGGUAAAAUGUUAUCUACAGUCAGGGGUGUAACCAGUCCCAAAAGAGUGGGGGAGGGGGUCUAAUCAUCCGGACAUCCAGGGCAUGGUCCCCCAGAAAUAAUAUCUACUUUUAGGCAAAACCUAGAAGUCGGCUUUCUGUAAGGUCUCUAUUCUGUGUGAUUGUACCACCAUUAUUUUUGCCAGCCAAAAACGUAGAGUUCGUGACGUAAUAUUUCCGCCUGACUUGAAGAUCUGAAUGUGAUUGAUAACAAUAUAAUUUUUAUUAAGGUGUUGUGGGGUGGCCGGGUAACGAAGGAAGAAAAGGAUGAAGACACUACCAGUAUUCAUAAUCUGAAUCAAAAGAUUCAUAAAGACGAGCGAGUUGAUAACAGUCUUCUUCCUCUUGCUGAUGGACUGAACUUGGUCAGAAAGAUUUGAACAUUAUCACAUAAUACUAAAAAUGGAUUAUAGUCAUUUUGAUCAUAUUUCAUUUCGGAGAGUGCGUCUUGUAUUAACUUGAAGCUAAAGCAGACAUGAUUUGAAAAUCCAUAUCAUUUUGUUAUAAACAAGAAAUAAUUGAUGAUUUUUUAUGAUUUAUUUUUAAAAAUUUAGACUUUGCAACCACAAGGUUGAAAUACAUCUAUCAUUUACAUUCUAUCACAUUGACUAUUAUACAAGUAAUUAACAAUCUAGAUCCUGUUAACUGAUUAUUAGUUAAAAAGAAUAGUUAUGUAAUAAACGAAUGCAAUACUUCAAUUGUAAUGAGAC